GUACGGACGCGCUGUGACUACCAAGCACAAACUGCAGUCUCACUCUCCUCCCCCUCUGUCUCUUUCCUGCUCUCUUUCCCACCUCUUGUCUCUGUCUCUCUGUCGUCCUUUCUGCAUUUUAUCCACCCCCCCUUCUUCUGCUUUCAUUCACAUUAUUUAGCUGUCUCGUCCUCGUUCUCUCAGCUGUCUUUCUCCUCCCUCUUUUCCUUGUCAUCUCUGCUCUAGCUGCCUCACCCUACAUCCCUCCCUUCCUACUAACGCUCCUUCCCUCCUCCUCCUCUUCCUCCUCCUCCUCCUCCUCCUCCUUUUGGAGAUCUUCAAAGCUGCCCAGCACACUCUUGCACAUAGCAUAACACACUCCUCUCCUCCGUGGGAAAACCAUGUCUGCUAUUCUGGACCUGGACCAGAUUGCAUGCUCUGGGAAUGGAGUGGAGCAUGACAUUGAGACGCCCCAUGGUGUUCUCCAUGUGACCAUGAGAGGCGUCCCCAAGGGCAACAGACCCGUCAUCCUCACCUACCAUGACAUCGGCCUCAACCAUAAGUCGUGCUUCAAUACCCUGUUCAACUAUGAGGACAUGCAGGAGAUCACACAGCACUUCGCUGUGGUUCAUGUGGAUGCACCCGGCCAGCAGGAGGGCGCCCCCCCCUUCCCCACUGGAUACCGCUACCCUACCAUGGACGAGCUGGCAGAGAUGCUGCCCUCAGUGAUGACUCAGCUCAAGGUCAACAGUGUGAUCGGCAUUGGUGUGGGAGCAGGAGCGUACGUCCUCACUCGUUUUGCACUGAACAACCCUUCGCUGGUGGAGGGGCUGGUUCUCAUCAAUGUGGACCCGUGUGCUGAGGGCUGGAUCGACUGGGCCGCCUCCAAGCUGUCUGGAUGGACCAGUAACUUGGUGGAUAUCGUCAUGGCACACCAUUUUAGCACUGAUGAACUGACAGAGAACCAGGAGCUGAUCCAGACCUACCGCCUUCACAUCGCCCAGGACAUCAACCAGGACAACUUGGCCCUGUUCUGUGGCUCCUACCAAUACCGUCGGGACCUGGAGAUCGAGAGGCCCAUUGUAGGUCUGAACGAGGACACGGUCAACACACUAACAUGUCCUGCCCUGCUGGUCGUUGGUGACACGUCUCCUGCUGUGGAGGCUGUGGUGGAGUGUAACUCCAGGUUAAAUCCAACCAAGACUACGCUGCUAAAGAUGGCUGACUGUGGAGGUUUGCCCCAGGUCGUACAGCCGGGGAAACUUGCGGAGGCCUUCAAGUACUUUGUUCAGGGGAUGGGCUACAUUCCCUACGUUCUUCUCAGUCACCUGAGCAACGAAUCAGUGCCGUCAGCAGGAAUGACUCGUCUGGCCCGCUCACGCACAACCUCUUCUUCCAGCAUCACUUCCAUGGACAGCAGUCGCAGCCGUAACAACCUCAACAGCCUGCUGGAGGGCAGCGGCGCCGGAGCCCUGGACAGCCCGUCUGGACCCCAGACCAUGGAGGUGUCCUGCUAAAGCCACACCCACUCGCUGCACCACCCCUCCCUCCCCUCCCUCUCUCUCAUUCUGCAGCUCAACGCCACGAGGAUCUGUAAUGAACUAUGUGAUUUAGAAAAGAGGAUGUAAUAAAUAUAUUAACAGAUGCAUAUUAAAUAUUAUAUCGGUGCACUGUCACAUUCCUGUCAGAAAACAGAACCGUUUAGAUGUUGUACAUUUAAAUGCUAAAGCGUACGAUCGACUCAGCUGUCCAACCUCACCCUCUUCUAUUUAUUUUUUUCAUGUCUUCAUUUUGAAUAUCUUCACACUACCCAUGUCCUAGGCAUCAUCUUUGUGUUGAAAUAUGAUGUUUUUUGUUUUUUCUUUCACCGUAUGUAACUAUUUGUUCUGAACUUUAAACAUGUGAACAACGCUGAUUUUGAGUCACUUUGACACAUAUGGAAACUUAAUGCAGUGUGAUGCAGAUUUCUUCAAGUGUCUAGAGGGUCAUUGUAUGUUCUGUAGCAGAAGAAGAAGAGUUUAGGUUAAAGACGGUUCAGGUGACACGGAGGAGGAGAACAUGCAAAAGCCACUGCAUGAUGUAAUACACCCGUACGGUACAUACACACAUAUACACACACAUAUACACUCAGUAUGUGCAGUUCCUGGGUUCGAGCUGUGUCUGAAGGCUAUAAGUGAAAAUCCAGUGUGUAAAGUUGUGUUGACCCUGUAACUUGAUGCUUUUUUUUUGGAUUUCUUCUUUUCUUUUUUUAUUCUGAUCAUCUCCUUUUCUUCUUUGUGUUUAAUGGUUUCGUUGAUUGUGCAGUAACAUUUUAACAACCUUUUAACAAGUGGGUUUGGAUAUGAAAAGUCUGCUGAUUCAACUCAUUUAUAUUACUACUGAAUAAAGCUACAACAUCAA